UGGCCCGCACUGUUGUGAUUGCAAGAGAAUGAAAGAAUGCCAAAGGAGAAAGCAUUCUUUAGCCGCUCGCCAGCUUUGUCUGCCGCCGCUGUUGACGUGUGCAACAGUUGAGAGAAAAAAAACAAAAAAAAAAAGAUAAGAAAAAAGAUUUCUGUUCAAUUUGUUGAUGUUUAUUUUGUUGAAUUUGCGCCUGCCAAAUGGCCGCGAGUGUUGUUAAGGCGCCCAAGUGCACGGCGAAAGCCAAAGAUGUGGCCCAAACGCAGCCAGCCCAGGCCAGCAACGACAAUGGACGCUGGUGGACACUGCUGGGCCUCGUGCUCCUCUUCACCUUUGCCACACGCUUCUACAAGGUAACCGAACCGGAUCACAUUUGUUGGGAUGAGACGCACUUUGGCAAAAUGGGCAGCUGGUACAUCAAUCGCACCUUCUUCUUCGACGUGCAUCCGCCGCUGGGAAAGGUGAGACGACUUGAAAAUACCUAUGAUAUUUCAGUAUAUGCCUAG